UAAUUUUCUUAUGUAAAUAAACUAUUAUUGGAUCUUUAUUAAUUUAUGAUUCAAUAUUUAAACACUACUUGAACCAUACAUCAUUCAAUAUCGUAAUGACGAAUGAUCUCAUCCAUUCAUCGUUUGAAUUUUUCACCAAUCAUUUAUCUGGUUCAAUAAUGAUUCGAUUCAACAAUAUUAUUGUUAUUCUGGUCAUCAUUCAUAUUCUUACCAUUUCAAUAUCCAAUGAAUCAGGUCAUGUAAAUUGUCGUAUUGAAGAAAAUUCUUUUAAAAGUUUUCAAGAAAAUGGAAUCAUUAAAACUGUUAUCACUGUUGACAAGAUGGCGCCAUCAGCUAAAAUGAAUGAUCAUUAUGAAACAGAAAAUUGGAUUGAUAAUCAAUUGGGCCCUAAUGAUCCAUCAUUAUCACCAUCAUCGUCAUCAUCAUCAUCGAAUUCUGACAAGAAUGGUUCGAGUACUAGUACAAUGGUAAUCGGAUUGCUGAAGAAAGCAUUUCGUUUAUUGAAUCUAAAGCAAAUGGUUCAAAAUUUUCAACAAGGACGAUCAUCAUCCGGUGCAUGUUUGGGCUGUAAAAUAACAAUGACUGGUGUUAAAUAUUUAAUCGAUUAUGGUAGAGGUUUUGAAGAUGUUGCCUAUGUUACUAAAUAUUUAUGUAAAACGCUUGCUUUACAAACGGAUCGUGUUUGUGAUGGAUACGUGGAUAACUUCAUUGAGGAAUUCGUUGUUGUCAUGUCCAAAGUGAAUAUCAGCUCGAAUGAAAUAUGUGGCUUUUUGUUAGGUGAAACAUGCAAUCAAGUUGUUCAUCCGCUUUACAAAUGGAAUAUUCGUUUACCUGAUCGACCUUUGUUUACUAAACCAUUAUUUCGUUGGCCAUUCCGUGCACAACAAUCGUUCAAAGUGCUGCAAAUAUCCGAUCUUCAUAUUGAUCUUGAUUAUCAGGAAAAUUCUAAUGCAGUCUGUAAUGAACCUUUAUGUUGUCGAGCUGAUUCACCACCAUCAACAUCAUCAACACCAAAAGUUAAAACAUCACAUCGUGCAGGUUAUUGGGGUGAUUAUAGAGAUUGUGAUGUACCAUUAAGAUUGGUUGAACAAACAUUUCAAUGGAUUCGACAAAAUCAUCCGGAUAUUGAAUAUAUUUUAUGGACUGGUGAUAUACCACCGCAUGAUAUUUGGAAUCAAACAAAACAAAGUCAGCUUAAUUAUAUUGAUAUAGCUGGUCAUUUGUUUGAUAAAUAUUUUAGUCAUGUUCCAAUUUAUCCAGUAGUCGGUAAUCAUGAAAGUUUACCCAUGAACAGCUUUCCACUAUAUUCACAUCCGGCAAUCAAACAAAAAUAUUCCAAACAAUGGUUAUAUGAUCGAUUAUCAUCAAUAUGGUUACGUUGGUUGCCAUCCGAUACACGUUCAACAAUCGAAAGGGGAGCUUAUUUUGCAACAAGAGCUAAGAAAGGAUUAAAAAUCAUAUCGUUGAAUACAAAUUUUUGUAAUACACAAAAUUGGUGGGUUUUGUUGAAUGCAACUGAUCCUGGUCAACAAUUAGAAUGGCUUAUACAGCAACUAACUGAAUCGGAAAGAUUAGGUGAAAUGGUUCAGAUUAUUGGACAUGUACCACCAGGUUCAAAUGAUUGCGCUCAGAUAUGGAGUAUGAAUUAUAAUCAAAUUGUUAAUCGAUUUGCUUCGAUUAUUAAAGGACAAUUUUUUGGCCAUACUCAUAAUGAUGAAUUUGAAAUAUUUUAUCGAGAAGUACGACCAGAAUUGGAUUCAGAUCAUGAAACAACAUAUAUGCCCACUAAUGUUGCUUACAUUGGACCUAGUGUAACUACAUUUGGAAAUGUUAAUCCUGGCUAUCGAAUCUAUGUCGUCGAUCAACAAACAUUCGAUAUUAUUGAUCAUGAAACAUAUUUUCUUAAUUUAACUGAAGCUAAUCUAGCUAGAGAUCGAAUGCCAUUACAAUAUCGACUUGCAUAUCGUGCUAGUCAAGCUUAUGAAAUGAAUACAUUAUCACCGACUGAAUGGCAUCGAUUAGUAAUGAGAAUGCGAACACCAAUCAAUCGCAAAGAAAGAUCCGCUCGUAGAAUGCAAGAAUCGAAUCGAUUAUUUAAAUAUUUUAAUCAUUAUUUCUACAAUCUUAGCGAUAAUAUUGGCGAUAAUAAUAAAUGUGAUGAUGAAAAUUGCAAAUAUGAAAUGUUAUGUCGACUACUCACUGCUCAUUCUUAUAACACAACAAUGUGUCAACAUUUUUUAUUAUAAUCAAAUCAAAUCAAAUCAAAUCAAAUCAGAUCUCUUAAAUUAAUAUUUCCA